GCCCCACCCCACCUCUUCAGAGCUGCCAGUCUCAAUGUCUAAUUCCUGGAGAAAACGGGGAAAGAGCCUGAAAAUUAUAUUUUUUUCCGUUUCGACUCAACCUCGACUCGCCGAAAGAGCACGUCUUUUGCGUGGUGGAAUGUGUUGUCCCAAACGGCGUUAUAUUCAUGAACGUACAUGCACAUGUGUGUACCCACCACUCGCAUUCUAAAGGACUACAAAGCUGAGGCUUGACAGCGGGGUUAUACCAUCAAGAAACGGAAAAAUACUCAAGGAUUCGCUUUGUUUUGCUAUCGAUAGACAGAUCGACUUCUCUUUGAAACUUGUCUUGUGAAUAUUCGAUGUGAAUAUUCGGUCUGUGGAGAUCCGUAUUACACCAACAAAAGGAGAGGCAGAGAAGGCCUUAGGCUUGAGGAAAACCAGCAAGCAACUGCUAUCGCAGAAACGAGGAAUAAGAAGGAAUUUCUGAAUUUGUUCAGAACGGGCCAUCGGAAUCUCAUUUCUGACUGCACCGUGUUCCUAAGUGUUUGAAUAGUAUAGUUUAUGACAUGAAGCGAAAAAUGGAUACGUUGAAAACAAUAUAGUUUACGCAUAGCCUUCAUUUAGUAGCAUAGAGUGCAAAUGUUGUUACACACUACGCUUGUUCGUAUCUGCACGGAGGACUGCUGACAUAUCGAAGAAACACGGCCUUAUGAAUUGAAAUGCUUUUUAUUAUACCCUAUCGGUCUUCUGCACCAAGAGGAUUCUCGACCAGGAAUAAAAUCCAGUUGGGAUUGCAGUGAUAUGCUUCAUUUGCUAGCGGCCAAUCAUUGGAAUGAAGUAUUUUUUCCCGUUUCGGUGCCGAAGUGAAGAAGCCUGAAGUCACGGCUACUUGUUUGACAGUGGUUUACUGCUUUAUAUUAAGAAAUCUGUGAUCAUUCAGCGAACAUCACAGGGCCGCACUGUUGUCGUCAUCAGCAGUAGGCUAUCCUGCUCUCCUAGCAGGGCCAGGCAGCACUACUGAAAAGACGCAGGAUGUACACUACCUAAAAAAGAAACUGCACAAUCACGUAUCGAAAGAGGCCGUAUUGUUUUAUGCUUCACCGGUGUAUUUUUUACCAACUGGUCAAAUGUCACAAGUGUAUUUGAACAUUUAGUGGGUCAAACAAGGGAAAUAGUAAAGGGUGAUUAAUUAUUUAUUUUAAUAUUCCCCCCUCCCCUGGACUCUUUUCUUGUGGGAAGAUGGGCUGUUUGGGGAAUAAUAAGUCACAGGAAGACAAAGAUGAAGAGAAGACCCAAAAAGAAGUAAACAAAAAAAUUGAAAAACAGUUACAGAAAGACAAACAGAUAUACAGAGCAACACAUCGACUUCUACUGUUGGGGGCUGGCGAAUCUGGGAAGAGCACCAUUGUGAAACAGAUGCGUAUUCUCCAUGUCAAUGGCUUCAACACAGAGGAGAAGAAACAAAAAAUUCAAGACAUCAAGAACAACAUUAAAGAGGCAAUAGAGACCAUAGUCGGUGCCAUGGAGACGUUGGCCCCUCCUCUUCAGCUGGCCUGUGCUGCCAACCAAUCGAGAAUGGAUUACAUCCUCAACCUAUCCCGGCAGAAAGACUUUGAUUUUCCAUCUGAGUUCUAUGAGCAUGCCAAGUGUCUUUGGCAGGAUGAAGGUGUGAAGGCCUGCUUCGAGAGGUCUAACGAGUACCAGCUCAUAGACUGUGCCCAGUACUUUCUAGACAAGAUUGACAUCGUGAAGCAGUGUGACUACACACCCUCUGACCAGGACUUGCUACGAUGCAGAGUGCUAACCUCUGGGAUCUUUGAGACAAAAUUCCAAGUGGACAAAGUCAAUUUUCAUAUGUUUGAUGUUGGAGGUCAGAGAGAUGAACGAAGAAAAUGGAUCCAGUGCUUCAAUGAUGUAACAGCCAUUAUCUUUGUAGUGGCCAGUAGCAGUUACAACAUGGUGGUCAGAGAGGACAAUCUGACCAACCGCUUACAGGAAGCACUGAAUCUCUUUAAAAACAUCUGGAACAAUAGAUGGUUGCGGACGAUCUCAGUCAUUCUGUUUCUCAACAAACAAGAUCUGCUAGCCGAGAAAGUCAUGGCCGGGAAGUCCAAAAUCGAGGAGUACUUUCCCGAGUUUGCACGCUACACCACACCAGAUGAUGCAACCCCAGAGUCAGGCGAACACCCACGGGUGACCAGAGCUAAAUAUUUCAUCAGAGACGAGUUCCUGCGGAUCAGCACAGCCAGUGGAGAUGGCCGCCAUUACUGCUAUCCUCACUUCACCUGCGCCGUGGACACUGAGAACAUCCGCCGCGUCUUCAACGACUGUCGGGACAUCAUCCAGCGGAUGCACCUGCGACAGUACGAGCUCUUGUGAUUGGCCAGGAGGAGGGGACGAACUCAGAUAACAGAAAGCUGUUGGUGUUGGAUGGGGAGUGGGAGCCGGAGCAGAGCGGGGGGAGGAGAAGAAGGAGGAUGAGGAUGGCAAACUCCAGCAGCAUGAGCUGUCUCUAGCAUAAAGAGGGGAGGGAGUGGGGGAGCAGGGGAGAGAUAGACUUCAUCAUUGUGAGCUGACCUUGCCAGAGGAGGCAAAAAAGACUUAUGACUGUGAAAAAUGAAGCUCUUAUGACAGGUGGGUUAGGAGGUGAGGGGGGGUUGGGUGGAUAAUGUUGACUACCCCCCCUUACCCCUCACCUCCAUCCCCUAGCCUCCCACGCCCCACCUCCUUCCAAGCCUCCCCAAAACUUCACACUGCUGACCCCCUCACAUUCUUUAACACUUUAAAACGAACACAGACACAUAUAUACACAGACACACAGACAGACACAUAACACAAAACACAUAUUCAAGCACACAUGCCUUUUAGCAUUCAUACUCUCUAGUGUCAUAUACACACCAUCUUCACUCGAAGGUGCACACAAUGUCUUUCCAGACUGGUAAGUAUAAAGAAAAAAACACACACUCAAACACACACGUGUCAUCUUACACUGAAAUGGUGCAGCGGUUCCUGAUCAUUUAGCUGCUUUUUGUGAAAUGGUCAGCGACUGAUUGAUUGAUUGAUUUGAUGAAGACGGUGGAGGAAAAAAAUACCUAUAUAUGAAAGGUCAAAACAAAGAUGGAGAAUUUUUUUUCCAGAGGAUAACGAAGGAAAAGGCAAAGGACUUUAAGCAACCAGAGAAAGUGCAAAAAGCUGUUGAGAAAGAAGACUUUAGAGUGGAACUGCAUCACAUACACACACAAAAACAAAACAAAAAAUGGAAAGAGACCAUGUGCAAAGAGCUUAAAGAACUCAACUCCCACCCACAGGGUCAUCUAGUCUGUGGACUGUUGUGCCAUUGAUACACAUGACCUCUCGUGUACCUCUCUCUCCCGUCACACACCCUCACCCCACCCGACCCCACUCCCUCUAUUACCCCUCUAAAGCCCCCUGCCCUCUCCUCUCCUCCCCUCCCCUCCUCCUUCUCCACCCUUUUACGUUUGUACUCAUCACACCCUCUUUCCAAAUGCUUUGGGUUUUUUUGUUUUGUUUUGUUUCCUGCACCAAUACAGUCUUGGUUGAUCAGAGACUUUAAGAGUUAACAGUGUUUUAAAAAUGACAGAAAUGACUAUGAUAACUUGGACACUAAUCUGUUUUGACUCGUUCUCUCUCUCUCUCUCUCUCUCUCUCUCUCUCUCUCUCUCUCUCUCUCUCUCUCUCUCUCUCUCUCUCUCUCUCUGUCGCUCUCGCUCUGUCUCUCUCUGUCGCUCUCGCUCUGUCUCUCUCAUCAUCAGCUUCGUUCCAUCAUCAUUCUCUCUUCUUCUUCUGUCUCUUUAUUUUACUGCUGGACUAUUAUUCUUGUACAGACUGUAAAAUGUAUUAUUUUGUACAACUUUAUUGAAAAAAAAAACUUGUAGAAGAUUCAUGUGCCUCUGCUAUGGCUGCCUUUGUGUGUGUGUGGCUGGCUGACUGGCUGAGCGGACCAGUGUGAUGUCAUAUCAUGUCACCCGUCUGUAAAAGCGUGCCCUUGCUCGCUAUGUCGAGAGCGUGUUUGUGAGACCUCUGCCACACAAAACGUGGAAGAUGAUGAUGAUGAUGAUGAUGAUGACGAUGAUGAUGAUCAUGUGUGUUUCUGUAUGACGCGUGUGGUGAGACGAGCUGGUGUGUGUUGGGUAAACUGUCCUGGCAGCAUUGCACACUUGUAUGGGUUCCUUCAGGGAUGCACCUGGGGUUGGGUGGGGUGGGGUUUGGGGUGUUGGGGAGGAGUUGGAAGUUGAACUGUUUUUUUCAACAUGAAUACCUUGACCUCUGCAUAGUGUAUCAUAAUGCAAAAAUGUGUGUAUAUGAUACUAUGACAGGCUCUGAAUUAUAUUCAUUAUCCUGACACUCUUUAAAAAGAAAGAUUUAGAGACUGCAUUGUUU